AUGGCCCUUUCCACACGCGCAAAUGGCGUCCUCCACGCCAACAGCAACAGCAUCAUCUGGGAGGUCUUGGGCAACAUGUACGACCCAGAUACCAACCCUGACGGCUACUACAGCGUCGGUGUAGCUGAGAACCUCCUGAUGCACGAGUACCUCCUGGACCACAUGCACCAGACCCUCCGCCUCACCUCCAAAUCCCUCACCUACAAUGACGGCGCAUCAGGCUCGAAACGCCUCAAAGCGGCCAUGGCCCGCUUCUUGAACCGACGCCUCUACCCGGCUACCCCGCUCGAACCGCACCAUCUCAUCCUCACCAACGGCGUCUCCGCGGCCGUCGAGCAUCUCUCCUGGGCAUUUGCGGAUAAAGGCGAGGGGAUCCUCCUGGGAAGACCAUACUACGGGACCUUCAUCGCGGAUCUCUCGAUGCGGUUUGAGACCGAGGUCGUGACUGUUCCUUUUGAAGGGGCGGAUCCGCUCGGCGCAGACUGCGUGGAGGCGUACCGACACGCGCUGACCAGCUUCGAGCAGCGGACUGGAAAAAAGUGUCGCGCACUGCUGCUGUGUCACCCGCAUAAUCCUCUCGGACGGUGUUACUCGCGCGAUGUCCUGGUUGCGCUGAUGCGGUUGUGCCAGGAGCACGGGAUGCAUUUUAUCAGCGAUGAGAUAUAUGCGUUAUCCGUGUGGGGUGGGGAGGAGUUCGUCUCUGCGCUGAGUAUCGACACCAAGGGAGUCAUCGAUGCGGACCGGGUGCAUGUUCUCUGGGGUAUGAGCAAGGAUUUCGGUGCGAAUGGGCUGCGGCUGGGCGCAUUGAUCAGCCAGGGGAAUAAGGAUGUGCGUGCCGCGGUUGACAGUGUCGCGCUGUACUCGUAUGUGUCCGGACCGGCGGACCAUCUGGCGGCAAAUAUCCUCGAGGAUGAUUCGUAUACGGAUGAGUAUAUCCGGUUGAACUGCGAGAGGCUGAAAGAGGCGUAUGAAUAUACAGUAGGAUUACUGAAGCAGAAUGAGAUCCCGUAUAUGGCUGGGGCGAGUGCGGGAUUCUUUGUCUGGGUAGACCUGGGCACACCGUACCUCCAGCGUCAUCCCGAGGCGAUCCACGAGGAUGUCAGCGAGGUCAUCAUGCAGCGGCUGCUGAAGAACAAGGUGUUUCUGGCUUCGGGGGCGAUGUUUGGCUCAGAGACGCCGGGAUGGUUCCGCAUUGUCUUUGCCCAUCCGCAGGCGUACCUGGACGAAGCGUUGCGACGGAUUGUGGCUGCUCUUCAAUAA